CUCUUUCCCUGGGAACAUUCAGAUUUGUCUUUUACUAUUGUUCUUUCCAAAGGUGGCAGCUUCUGGCUGUUGCUCUUGUCUUUGCCUCCACACUCUUGUCCCAUUUCCUCCCAGAUGGCUCUCCACAGGGCAGGUGGUUGGGAACAGAGUCGGCCUCCAUAGUCUGGCUAUGGGUCCUCCCUAGGGUGAGCCCAGAAGUCUGGGCCAGCCUCAACACCACUGCUCUUUAGCGCCACCCAGACCCCUACUGCUCCCCCGCGGCCACCCCUCAUCUGUGAGUGGGGUUUGGGGCACCUUCCUGCCUGGUGCACAGUGCUUGGCACUUAGCAGGUGCUCAGCUAAUUUGAGGAUAAAGUGAGGUUAGAGACAAGAGGAGACAUUGGGAAACGAAGACAUUCGCAGAACAGGCUCCUUUAGGCCUGGCUUUUGUGCCCGGGAAGCGCGAGGCUGGUGGGGAGACUGAUCCCCUGGGGGUCCCGGGGAGGGGAGGAAUUGGUUUCCCACUCGGUGGCCAAAGGAGGCAUUUCUUUUUGUUCUUGGCCUUGCAGGAAAGUGUUGAGGGUGAGAGGAGCAGAAAGGAAGGGACAGGCCUUCUAUUAUUUUGUUUUUCAGAUUGAGAAUCUGUUAUUAGCAAUUUAUGACACCCAGGUCUCCAGCCAAGCACAUUCUGUUCUCCAGGGUUGGGGGAAGACUCUUAAGGGCCACGUUGUGAGGCCGGACAGGAAAGAGGAGCAGGUCAACAAUUUAUGGUCGACUGUGUGGCGUCCUGGCCUGUGCUAGGGGAUAGCUUUAGCAUGGGGCCAACUUGAGCCCAGUCCUGCGUGGGGAGAAGCCCUUGCAGACGGCAUGGCCUCCCCGCAGGAGCCCAAAUGGCUCUUGUAAGCCGGGUGAAUGGGCUCCCCUCCCACUCGCAUGCUCACUGGGCCUUGGGCUCCAGAUUUCUCUCUGUGAAGUGGGGUCGUGGCUGGGACGCUCGGAACAGAGCCACCACCGAGUUUCUCAAGAGAGGAGGUCUGAGAAGACACCGGCCGGGAAAGGAGAACAGGAAGAAAGAGAACAGCACGCCAGAGGACCCCGGAAGACGGGGAGCGGGCACGAUGACCUGUGGAAAGUGGUGCACAAGCAAAACAACCCACCCUUUCUGCAAAAGUGCUGAGCUGAUGGAAUUGAGCUUGGUGGCCACGAGAUCGAGCCGCAGAUCUCUAUCUGUGGGUGCCCGGGCUUUGUGCCGAAGGGGGUCCUGGAAGCUGAUGCGGAGGGCAGGGGCAUCACCUGUGGCGCCUUGUCCCCCAGGCUGGCCUCCACGCCCCCCGGGACUCAUCACUGGUCCCCAUUCCUGGAAGCAAGUCCCCUUCCUCCGCGCAUGCACGAUGUCCAUGAGGAGCCCUGGCUCUGCCCAGCUGGCCCCAGAUGGCGUGGGCACCAUGGUGAACUGCACCGUCAAGUCCGAAGGGAAGAAGGAGCCCUGCCAUGAGGCCCUCCAGGGCUCGGCCACCACAGCUGAACCCCAGCCCGGAGACCCAGCCCGGGCUCCCCAGGACGGUGCUGACUCCCAAGCUCCAGCCCAGGAUUGCAGCUCCCCUGAGAGCAAUGGGUCCCCGGAACCCAAGAGAAUGGGAGCUUCUGAGGCCGCCUCUGGAAGCCAGGAGAAGCUAGACUUCAACCAACAUUUAAAAGAAGUCGUGCCGGCCAUCGAGAAGCUGCUGUCCAGUGACUGGAAGGAGAGGUUUCUGGGAAGGAGCUCUGUGGAAACCAAAGAUGUCAAAGAUGGACAGAAAAACAGUUCUCACCGGUGGCCGUUUCAUCGUGGAGCAGGGACCCAGGAGAGCCUGGCAGAGAAGGAGCUCCAGCUCCUGGUCAUGAUCCACCAACUGUCCACGCUGCGGGACCAGCUCCUGACGGCGCACUCGGAGCAGAAGAACAUGGCUGCCAUGCUGUUUGAGAAGCAGCAGCAGCAGAUGGAGCUGGCCCGGCAGCAGCAGGAGCAGAUCGCCAAACAGCAGCAGCAGCUGAUUCAGCAGCAACAUAAGAUCAACCUCCUCCAGCAGCAGAUCCAGCAGGUCAACAUGCCUUAUGUCAUGAUCCCGGCCUUCCCGCCAAGCCACCAGCCUCUACCUGUCACCCCCGAUUCCCAGCUGGCCUUGCCCAUUCAGCCCAUCCCCUGCAAACCAGUGGAGUACCCCCUGCCGCUGCUGCACAGUCCCCCUGCCCCCGUGGUGAAGAGGCCCGGGGCCAUGGCUGCCCACCACCCCCUGCAGGAGCCCUCCCAGCCCCUGAACCUCACGGCCAAGCCCAAGGCCCCCGAGCUGCCCAAUGCCUCCAGCUCCCCCAGCCUGAAGAUGAACAACUGUGGACCCCGCCCCCCCAGCCAUGGGGCCCCCACGCGGGACCUGCAGGCCAGCCCACCCAGCCUGCCACUGGGCUUCCUUGGUGAAGGGGACGCUGUCACCAAAGCCAUUCAGGAUGCUCGACAGCUGCUGCAUGGCCACAGUGGGGCGUUAGAGAACUCCCCCAACACUCCCUUCCGCAAGGACCUCAUCAGCCUGGACACGUCCCCCGCCAAGGAGCGGCUGGAGGAGAGUUGUGUGCAUCCCCUGGAAGAAGCCAUGUUGGGCUGCGACAUGGACGGCUCCCGCCACUUUCCUGAGUCCCGCAGCAGCAGCCACAUCAAGAGGCCCAUGAAUGCCUUCAUGGUGUGGGCCAAGGACGAGCGGCGGAAGAUCCUCCAAGCCUUCCCAGACAUGCACAACUCGAGCAUCAGCAAGAUCCUGGGCUCCCGCUGGAAGUCCAUGACCAACCAGGAGAAGCAGCCGUACUACGAGGAGCAGGCGAGGCUGAGCCGGCAGCACCUGGAGAAGUACCCCGACUACAAGUACAAGCCCCGGCCCAAGCGCACCUGCAUCGUGGAGGGCAAGCGGCUGCGGGUGGGCGAGUACAAAGCGCUGAUGAGGACCCGGCGCCAGGACGCCCGCCAGAGCUACGUGACCCCCCCCCAGGCUGGCCACCUGCAGAUGAGCUCUCCCGACGUCCUGUACCCUCGGGUGGCAGGCAUGCCCCUGGCUCAGCCCCUGGUGGAGCAUUACGUGCCCCGGAGCCUGGACCCCAACAUGCCUGUCAUCGUCAACACUUGCAGCCUCAGGGAGGAGGGGGAGGCCACGGAAGACAGGCACUCGGUGGCGGAGGGUGAGCUGUACCGGUACAGCGAAGACGAGGACUCGGAGGGCGACGAGAAGAGCGACGGGGAGCUGGUGGUGCUCACAGACUGAUCCGAGCGGGGUGGGCCCGGCCCCCAGCCCGUGGGCGCGGCCGGCCGGCCUGGACUUUGUUGGUACUUGGACUUGGGCCUGCCCGGGAGAGGGGCACAGCUGUGCACUUGUAGAUAGCCUCCUGGGGGGGAGAUUCCCCCCCCCCACCCCCCGCACCAGCCCUGCGGCCGCGCCCAGGGAGCUGCUGGCCUCACGGGGCAGGACCUGGAGAGUGGUCGGGGGCUGAGCGCCUCGGCCUGCGGGGCUCAGAGCCAGCGGACACUGUAUGACCCUCCCCUCCUGCAGGUCUCCUCAUCCCAGGGGUCUGGCAGCUCCAGACCUGUCCCCCUGGGGCCACAUGCUUUGUUUCCAUUCUUGUCCUGGCUGGACCAGCCCCGUAGGACCAACACCCCCCCCCCCAACUCCCACUCCCAGAUCGCUCCUCUGUCACAGGAUCACUUUGUGCAAAAAGGUCUGGCUGUCCCUCGCUGUCUUGAUCUUCUGUCCAGCCUGUUGUGCCUCUGGCGGCGGUGUAUAGACGUGUGCGUGUGUAUGUGUGCGCGCGCAAGCACACGCGUGUUUCCAUCUGUCCACUCAUGGCGCAAGGUAUUUAUUGGGCGCCUGCUCCGUGCCAGGCACCGUUGCUGAGUUCUGUGGGUGUCUCUCGAUACCACUCUUGCUUCUCUGGGGGCCUCUCCGUGCUUCACUGUCCCCAAAUUGCUACCUCUUUGUCAGUCUGGGUGUCUCAGGUUCUGUGUGUCCUUGUGUUUCUGUCCUCGUUUCUCUGCAGGGCUGUUCUCCCGUCUCCCUUUCUUGGGGUCUGCGCCUCUGCCCUUCUGACACCGCUGGUCAGUCUGGGUUUCUGUAAGGCCCCCGGUCAGCCCCGGGGCCCAUCAGCCGCCCUGACCUCCCCUGCCUGUCCCUUCACUCCCUCCCUGACUCUCCCCUGCCCGGCGGUUCCCACAAAGCCAUUUUUAGCUCCGAGCAACAUGGGAAUGUGCUCAGCCUCCAAGGGGCUCUGUCUUAGUGCCCCAGCCCCUGGUCCCAGCCUGAGUGCCAGGUGUUGGGGACAGGAGGGUUGAUGGCGCCCCUCCCCCCCUUCCUGACAGUUGACAGAAGCCCUGGGGAGCCAGGGCUCCUCAUGGCAGCUGCUGAGUAGGGAGGGGAAGGGGGGGCUCCCCAUUCUUGGGGUGGUGAGGACUCUGCCCCUCUGCCUGCCUGCUCCUUCCCCCUCCCCCCCUCACACUGGGGAACUUGACUCAGCUCCUGCUCACAUGGACAAAUUAUUUCCCUAAGAAAAAUCCCACGGGCACCUGACUCCACAUAGAUCCAGAACAGCCCUUGGGUCAGGGUGGGAAGGGAACCCCAAACCCCACGGGGGCAGAUGUGGCAUCUGUGCCUAACCCCCCCCAUCUUCUCCCCUUCCUCUCCAUCCCCCCCCUUCCCUCAAGCCCAACUUCUCUCCAGGCUGUUUGUUUUUUUAUGACUGUAAACAUAGAUAGUGCUUUAUUUUGUUAAUAAUAAGAUAAUGAUGAGUAACUUAACCAGCACCUUUCUCCUGUUUACACUUGGGGAAUUUUUUUUUCUGUUGGCAUAAUAAAGACAGACCAUUUCA